UUUCCCGGGUUAUGCGGUUUUAGACAUGUGUAUGGUGCUGGGUAAGGUUUUUUUUAUAAUGAUUCGUUUUUUAUUUUACAGAUAAGUUAGAAUAAAAAAGUUUUUUUUCUUUUUGUAAUCACGCGGCGCAACGUUGGCCCAAUUAUAGGCCUAUUUUAUAAUGAGCCGGCACUAGUUUCUGACAUUCACCCGACAUUGACCUAGUUUACACCGAGCACUUGGUACGCGUAUCAAGUGCUAUAUCCGUAUCAAAUCGUUUGAUACGCUCGGUAUAAACGCUCGCGGAUUACUUUAGUGCGCUCUGGUCUGAUACUCCUCAAUCGCGAGUAUCAGACCAAGUUGAUACGCGUAUCAAAAGAUGUCAGCGCGCUGUAAACGCUUGAUUCGAUUCGAAUUGGAUCAAGUGUAUACCGCCGCUGCUGACUGUUGUUAGAUUGAGGUUAAAGUUAGAAAGUUAGAAUAGAAGUUUUAUAUCAACAGUGAAAAUGUCAUGUAAAAAGGGUGCAAAUUGGACAGAUGGUGAAACACGAACGUUUCUCGAACUGGUCACGGAAAAAAGUAUUUUAAGUAUAAUUGAUGGAAAGAAACAUCGGCAUGUAGAGAUUUUCCGAAUGCUGGUACCCGAAAUGCAAGCAAAAGGUUAUGAAAAAACAGCCGAGCAAAUGAAAUUAAAAUUAAAAAAUUUGAAAGCAGCAUAUUUCAAAUGUAAAAGAAAUAAUAAUGUCAGUGGUGCUGCUCCCUCAACGUGUCCAUUCUACAACGAGUUAGAUAUAUUAUAUGGAGGCAGGCCAAGUGCCCUAGCUAGCAGCAGCGAUGAUCAAGUAGGAAUAGACACCGCUGAAAUAAAUGAGGAAGAAGUUAAUAACGAGAAUGAUUCAAUAAAUUGUACAACUGCUGAAGAGACUGAUGAAAUGUUAGAUAAGGAAAAUGAAGUCCCACCAGCCAAAAAACAGAAACGAACAAAAACUUCUGGAAGAAAAAGUUAUGAAGUAAUGCUGCAGAGUCAUACUGACAAGUGGUUGGAAAACCAAAAAGAAUUACUUAACAGCAUUACAAACAAGCAGAUGGAACUCCAAAAACAAAUGGUCCAUGACGAGAUGAUGGAGCAGAGAAAGUGGGAAGAAGAGGAGUUAGAAAAAGAGCGAAAAUUUCAAAGUCAGCAAACAAGCUUGAUUCUGGCUGCAUUUACUAACAGUAUGCAGGGUAUCAGAUCUCAAACCCCUGCUCGUUCUACACAAAGCACCUUGAAGCCGCUGAAACUUAUUUCGUUGAAUUAUACAGAACCUCCUUCCACCUCUACAAUCAUUCAAUCUCCUAUGAUAGAAGGCAAGGAACCAAAUUCGAAAGUACAGAACUUUUAUUAUGAAACGCAAUAACUGAAUUUGAAUAAUAUGAAGACUGCAGUUUUAAAUAUUUAAGAUAUAUUAGGGAUUAUUUCUAGUUAGAAGUUAUGGUGCCGUGUUCCUACACAAAAUGUUAAUUUUGUUUAAAAAGUACGUUCAUUAUUAUGUUACUUUUGUUUAAAAAUGUUAAUUUCGUUCAAAA